UGGACCGUACUUGAACGCCUCUGGCCUGGGCGGUUCGAGUAAAUGCGUCACGAUCACAGGUCACGAUGUGAAUGAACUGACCAAUAAGAAGCGUCACCAGCAGCAUGGCGUCACUGUUGACCAAUGAGCGCGCUGCUCCCUUCUUCGUCUUACUUUUUGAAUUGAGCUCACGGAGCAGGCUGCAAUAUUUUCCGCAGUUAUGGAGUCGCUGUCAACAAACUAAGGAGUAGAAAAUCGGGACUGUUUUUCCCUUUUAUAAGACCAAUAUGCACUGAUUUCAUGCUUGCGUGUGUGGGGGUUUUUUUUUAUUUUGUUAUCAGUGGUUCGGAUUGAAAACAAAGUAUCACCGGUUCGGUGUUCGUAUUUCUGCUUUCGUUCUCUAGCUUACACAAGUUAGCUUCAGAGCUACUUAGCUGGUCAACCGCCGCUUGUUUUCUUUUUAAACAUCAAAGUUACCAACCACCACUACAGUCGUUCAUUCCCUGUAACUUUUGAUAGUUUGGACAGUUUGGUGCCACCUUAGGAUCUUGCCAUGGCUGACAGCAGCAUCGUGACUUUAGGGACAGCACGGAGUCUGCUGGUGGAUUCUUCAGUCUACGACUCAAGGAUCGCUGAAACAACAAAGGACCAUGUGUUUCUGGGCCUGACGUCUGAAGACGGGGAAGAUAUGCUGCCAAAAGUAGAGACCAGAGUUGUUCUGGUGGGUGAAGUAGGCAGAAAUGGAGCACUGGUCAAAGCACUACAGGACAUCAACACUCCAUGGAUAAUGACAGAUGAUGUCCAGGAGUUUGGAGAUGGCGAGAACACUGAUUACGAGACGGUUUUUGUCCUCGCAGAUUUUAAUUCUCCGGAAUACAAAUACCUGUACAAACGGGAGAACCGUAUUGUUGGGCCUCCUGUUGUGCUGCACUGUGCUGGAAAGAGAGAGCCUCUACUCUUUUCAUGUCGACCGCUCUACUCAACCACCAUGCUUAACCUGUCACUAUGUUUCACUGGCUUCAGAAACAAAGAGGAAAUGAAGAAUUUGGUGAAUCUGGUACAUCACAUGGGUGGGAUCAUCCGGAAAGACUUCAGCACCAAGGUUACUCAUCUCAUUGCCUAUUCCACUCAUGGGGAGAAGUACAAGCUGGCAGUUUGCAUGGGGACGCCCAUCCUCACGCCAUCGUGGAUUCUGAAGGCCUGGGAGAGGAGAGAUGAUGUUUCAUUCCAUGCUGGAGAAGAAGAGUUUCGAACAGAGUUCAAAGUGCCUCCGUUCCAGGACUGCAUCCUCAGUUUUUUGGGUUUUUCAGAAGAAGAGAAAGCCAACAUGGAAGAGAGGACUCUCAAGCAUGGUGGGUGUUAUCGAGAGGUGGGAGAUGAGAGGUGUACCCACAUGGUGGUGGAAGAAAACUCAGUGAAGGCGCUGCCGUUUACGCCAUCUAAUAAACUAUUUGUGGUCAAAACUGAGUGGUUCUGGGGCAGCAUUCAGAUGGAUGCUAAAGCCGGCGAGUCCAUGUAUUUGUAUGAAAAGAAUGACAGUCCAGCUAUGAAGAAGGCAGUGUCACUCCUGAGCCUCACCACCCCCAACAGUAACCGUAAGCGGCGGCGUCUGAGGGACACACUUGCCCAGCUUGGCAAGGAGACUGAGAUCUCACCCUUUCCUCCACCGCGCAAGAGGCCGUCGGCAGAGCACUCGUUGUCUAUGGGCUCUCUUCUGGAUAUCUCAAACACUCCCGAAACAUGCAAGGCUUUGGCAGGGUUCAAAGCCAUCGAAGAGUUCGCUCCUGUUCUUUCUAAGCAAUCAGCCAGGUGGCAAGUUUCCAAGGAGCUGUACCAGACAGAGAGCAACUAUGUUGACAUUUUAAACACAGUGAUACAGCUCUUUAAGCUUCCAUUGGAAAAAGAGGGGCAGGUGGGUGGACCUAUCCUAGCCCAAGAAGAAAUUAAAACAAUAUUUGGCAGCAUCCCAGACAUUUAUGAUGUUCAUACUAGAAUAAAGGGCAACCUUCAGGAGCUUCUGACAGACUGGUCAGAGGACCGGAGUGUGGGGAACGUGAUCCUCAAAUAUUCUAGGGAGCUUGUGAAGGCCUACCCACCCUUUGUUAACUUUUUUGAAAUGAGUAAGGAGACUAUUGUUCGGUGUGAGAAACAAAAGCCACGCUUCCAUGCUUUUCUUAAGAUCAACCAGGCCAAGCCAGAGUGUGGCAGACAAACACUGGUGGAGCUGCUCAUCAGACCUGUACAGAGACUACCCAGUGUGGCCCUUCUUCUUAAUGACAUAAAGAAGCAUACGUCAGAUGACAACCCUGACAAGAUAAUGCUGGAAAAAGCAAUUGAAUCUCUGAAAGAAGUAAUGACUCACAUCAAUGAGGACAAGAGGAAGACUGACGGACAGAAGCAGAUCUUUGAUGUGGUGUAUGAAGUUGAUGGCUGUCCUGCCAACUUGCUAUCCUCCCAUCGAAGUCUGGUUUACAGAGUAGAAACGAUUGCCCUCGGUGACCAGCCAUGUGACCGUGGCGAGAAUGUUACACUCUUCCUCUUCAAUGACUGUCUUGAGAUUGCGAGGAAGCGGCACAAAGUAAUCAGCACGUUUAAGAGUCCACUGGGACAAACAAGACCACCGCCUCCGCUCAAGCACAUUGCACUUAUGCCGCUGUCCCAGAUUAGAAGAGUACUGGACCUGCAAGAUACAGAAGAAUGUGUGAAUGCAUUUGCCUUGGUGGUUCAUCCUCCAACUGAACAGGAGAACUUGUUGUUCAGUUUCCAACUGGCUGGAGAGGAAACAAUUAAAACUGUCUGGCUGCGAACACUCUGCCGCCACGUCGCCAACACUAUAUGCAGAGCUGACGCGGAGGACUUGAUUCAGUGCACAGACCCGGAUUCCCUACAGGUCACCACCAAGGAUAUGGACAGUACUCUGAGCAAAGCCUCCAGGGCCAUCAAGAAGACUUCUAAAAAGGUGACGAGGGCAUUUUCUUUCACCAAGACCCCCAAGCGUGUGAUCCAGAGGGCAUUCAUGGCCAGCAGCACUCCAGAUGAGAAAAGUCAGCGGCUGAGUUGUGAAAACCGCAGCAGCUCCACGCUGGCUGCACACCACUCCCCCUCUAUGGUCAAUCUGCCUUCCAUGUUUGAGAGGAAGUACCACACCUUUAGCCGAUCCACCACUCACCUUUUCUGAGAUGCUGCUGCUUGGAACGCGUAAAUUGUUUCAUUUUCAAGAUGUUUGUGUACGCAACGUUACAGCUUGCCCUCCAUGCAGACUUCAACAUAUCCAUUCUGGACCUGUGCACUUCCAGAAGUGGACUGGCCUAAUGCCCUAAUGUUUGUCAUUCUGAUAUGUGGCCGUAUCAGAAUGACGGCACUUGUGUCAAUGCGCUUUCGCGUGACUGUUGGAGCGUUUGUAAACGCAAACAACUGUUCUUCAAAUUCAGCCCAUCAUGUGAUGUAUUCAGUACACAACCCUUAUUUCUCCAAGCAGUUUCUCUCACAUCUCAGUUUGGGGCUAACUGGAAUGAUACUGCUCCAUACUACAGAACCACAGUGGCUUGUUUACCCUUGAUGCUACUUUUACGAAAUGAAGGAUGCUUUGCUGUUUGUGUACAUUAGUUAAUGGUUUAUCUUGACAUGUUGACUUAUAGGCGUUUUCCUGACAGUGGUCAUGUUUUUAAUGUCUGUACAACUUAAUGAUUUGUCCACAUGAACGUUAAAUUGGUAACACUAACAGCACACCAACUAAAUACCAGUUUAUUUGGAGAAGCACGAGUGUUUGUGGAUGUAGUUGUUUCAAAGCAGUCUUUCAGAUCUUUAAUUUGUUGUGUCCCUGUAUAUCCUUUUAACAAAUGUAACACGCCUGUGUGUAUUCAUGUACUCCUUAAAGCUACCUUGUUGAUUGUCUUGACCUUGUUUUGGCUUUGAUGCCUUUGUACUUGGUAAGAGGUCUUCUUCAUAUUCACUGACGUUUUAUUGUUUAUUUUGUCACAAGUCGAGUUUAAUUUUACUGAAUAUUAUAUUACAGAUUGUUAAUUAACCAUUUUCUUGAUGUAAACUUAGCGUAGCUUCCAGCUUUUAUAAAGCUUCUAUUUUAACGUGAUUUAAGAGAUAAGUAUGAGGAGAAUAAAAGCACGUGGGUUGAUUUCUUCUUCCCUGUCAGACUGCACACUUCUUUUUAAAUGUGUUUUUACAGUAUGUGUCUCCAAGUUGAAAAGAGACGCUACAUCACUGUACAUAUUCGUCUUGGUGAAUAUAUUUACAGCCAUUUUCUUUGUAUUUCUUACUAUUUAUGUUGUUCAACUUUUAUUUGUCACACCUUGUGUGCUGUUUUCUUUGCAGCUAAAUACACAUCUUUUGUUGAAUGACGGUAUUAAAUGCACUUAAAUACG